AUGGGUAUGCAGGGCACUGACCAAACUUUUGUGAAUGGCAUUGACACUGAUCACCAAGCCGUUUCAGAUACCAAAGAGCUCCUUAAGCCCGUGGAGGGUGGGGGUCCUGAUCAUUGGGCCAAAAGGCGAAAACUGUUCAAAGAGAGCAAACAGAAGAGCUCUACAGGGGAGGGCUCCAUAACCAGCGACAUCACAGAGGGCUCCGUCUCCGAGGACGCUCCAUCUCUGGACAUGACAACUCAGGACACAGAAAUAGGAGGCUUUUACACUGAAACCUUCCACUCUGCAGCAUGGGUAUAUCAGGGAGACAAUGACAUCACAGGAGCCAUGCCGCCCACGCUCAACAGCAGGAGCAGAGUCAUAUCAAUUCGAGAAAGGACGGUCAGAAUAAACAAAGGAACAGGAGACUACCCCUGGGGCUUCAGGAUCCAGUUCUCAAAGCCCAUUGUAGUCACAGAGGUCGAUACUAAUGGGGCCGCCGAGGAGGCAGGCCUGAUGGUGGGGGACUAUGUUCUGGCCGUCAAUGGGACAGAUGUCACCAGCAUCCCCCAUUCGGAGGCAGCGGAUUUGGCCAGACAAGGGCCAGAUGUUUUAACACUCACUAUUGGAUCUGACAUUGCCCGUGGCCCUAACACUCCUCGUCCUGGAUGCCGUGGCUAUCUCCACAAGCGCACCCAGUCUGGUCUCAUCAAAGGGUGGAGGAAGAGGUGGUUUGUACUGACACACGACUGCUGUCUGCACUACUACAGGCAUAAAUGGGAUGAAGGUAAAAGACUAGCCGUGUCCACAAUAAAGCUGGAAAGAGCCGAAGUUGGACCAGAUCUGUCAUUGGGAAAACAGUUUGUGUUCAAAUGUCGCCCCCUGUUGGAAAAUCGCGUGUACUUUUUCUGUGCCACAUCGAACCAGGAGAUGAAAAGGUGGAUAGUGGCUCUGGAGAAAGCUAUUCACCCAGUUACUCAGAAUCAUGUAUGGGUGGAUGUGACACAACACAACUCUAACCUGCCUCCUCUGGCUGUGAAAAACCCAGAGUGUCUCGGACUGCUCCACAAAAUGGACAGAAUCAAAGACAUGUGGAUCCAACACUACUGUAUUCUGAAGGAUGGAUGCCUGUACCUCUACAGUGGCAUACGUGCCACACAUGCACAUGGUGGCAUUUAUCUUCAGGGUUACACAGUGAGAGAGCAGCCAUAUGGAUCCAGAAAAUGCACAAUUGAAUUGAAACCUCCAUCUGAUGAAUUCAAGAGUUUCUACCUUUGUGCUGAAAACCCCAACGAUAAUAAACGAUGGAUUGCUGCCAUUAAGGCUUCAAUAAAAAAAUGGUUGCCUUUGCAUCAAGCACUUCAAGAUUAUAAUAAUCACCAACCAGAGGAGACCAGGAUGUGAAACAUACACUACACUGCUGCUCUUAGAUUAAGCCACAUAGCUCUAGUAACAUGA